AUGAACUUGGUGCGCAAAAUCCGCCAGCUCAGCUCGGACCGCCGCUCUCGCCGCAGUGCGGCAAGCGCCACGAGCCGCGGAGGGAGCGAGGAUGUCUGCACCAGCGGCGGCGGCGGUCCCGGAAGCUGCGCCUCGUGGGCCGACAUAUCGUGCGUCGCAAGCAACAUGGCCGCGUCGCCAUCGCGCGAGGCUCCGCCGGCGGACAGCCGCAAUGUCCCCGCGGAGCCGCUAGCCGGCGGCGGUAGUAGCUCGGCUCGCGAGUCGCGACGGUCGUUCGAGCUCCCUCCGAUCCGGGCGUCGCCCGGCCGCAAUGGCGCCAUCACGCCGCCUCCCUCGGCGGGCCGCAUUGGUCUGAGCACAAGCUACGACUCGUCACACCGGCCCCCGCUCCCCGUCCCUCCCGCCUCGAACGCCGCGCAUCAAUAUCACUCCGCUGCGGACGGGACAGCUCCAGUAAGCCGGUUGGGAAGACGGAACGCCGCGCCGAGCGGCGGGGAGGAGCUGUUGCGCAAUGCUGCGGGAGAGGCGGGUGAAGCGGCUGCGGAGAGCAGUUUGGCGCAAAGGGGGAGGGGGAAAGGUUGCGCGGAAGGGAUGCUGGCGCAGGGCAAGGUGGACCGGCGGAGCGAAGGCGCGGCAGGAGAUUCGUGCGACGAUGGAGAGUUGUCGUCGUGCGAGGAAAUCGCGAGCGACGAAGGGGGUUUGACGCCCCCGCCGCACUAUGCGGGCCAGCAGGAGCACUCGCGGACGUUCCGACCGUACGCAGGCAGCAACGGCAGCGCCGGCGGAUGCAGCGGCGCGAAUAACGCCGCAACGGGGACGAGCGGCGCGCACGUCACGACACAGGCGGGGCAGAAUAAUCCGCGGGGAGACGGCGCGGGCAGCGGAAGCCCGAUGAAUUCGCUAGCGGCGUGGCGGUGGCACCAUAGCAAUAAGGUGGCGGAUUGGCUCCUCGCGCUCCCGACGGACCUCGCGCCGCCCUGCGACUCGAACUUUUCCUCGCUGCUCGACUCGUCCGACGCGGACGGCGCCGCUAAUGGCGCUUCUGCGGACGAGCCGCCGAAAGAAGGCGCGGGAGAGGCGUUGGGGCAGGGGACACAGGCGGGCGCGGGAGUGGGCGAGGGACCGGAAGUGACUAUCGCCUCCGCGGCCUUGGGCGCAGCGGCGGAAGCAUGCGCGGAGAGGCAAGGCGGGCUUUCGCCAGUGAAGGUGGCGGGAGGAGCGUCGGGGGGAGUGCAGUCGUGCACGGCGUCUGGCACUCCCAGUCCCAGCCAGCCCAGCCCGCGCGCCGUGGCCGGCGGAGGAGGCGGCGCCGACGACAAGGCAGGGGACGCGAAGGACGGACAGGAGGAGGAGGAACAGGCGGACGUGGCGGCGGAAUCGACGGAGGGGACUGCAAGCGGGAUUGCGGAGGGCGCGGUUGGAGGAGAGAAGCUGCAAGAGCAGCAGCAGCCACAUCUAUCCCUGCCGAAGCGCCAACCCUGUCGACCAGAUGACGUGGAAGGCAUGGUUGCUGACCUGGCACUGGUUGAUGACGGCGGCGGGUCAGGCGAGAGCAGAGCAGAGGCGAUGGAACGGCAGGUGGACGCGGCGCGCGCGCUGAGGCAGCUGGCGCGGCGGGGGGAGGAGACGCGUGAAGCCAUCGUGGCUGCUGGCGCCGUUCCCGCGCUCGUGCUCAUCCUGCAACGCGCCGCCGACGCCGCCGCUGCUGCUGGCGCUGGCGGAACUUCCGGUAGCAACGGCCUAAGAAACGACCCUGGCAGUGGUGCUGGCAGCGUGGGUGCUGCUGUGCUGGCAAGCCCGCUAGUGGACUACUCGAUAUCAGCACUGGUGAACCUGAGUGUGUGCCGGGGCAUCAAAGCCAUCAUUCACGAUGCGGGCGCCGUGCAACCUCUCAUCGUGCUGUUGCGUGGCUCCGCCAUCCCCACCAUCCCCACCAACCCUGCCGCCUCGCCCUUGAUAGGAGACUCGAAUCCGCGCUCCGAUGCACACAGCCGCAGCUACACUCACGGGCACUCGCACACGCAAACCCACUCCUCUCGCCACUCGCACUCCCAUUCCCACUCUCACUCGCACUCGCACACGCACAUAUCAGCACACAGCCACAGCCAGCACAUGUCACCAGCUCCCACGCUCUCCUCACCGGCCGCACUCCCUCCCGCUGCCACGACUCCAUCCACGCGUGCCAACGCAGCAGUGGCGCUCUACUCGCUCUCAAAGCUGGACGAUGCCAUGCGCACACACAUCGGCGACCUGGGCGGGGUUGAUGCGCUCGUGGGGUUCCUGGCGGACAGCACUGUCACCAAGGGGCGCAAGGACGCUGCUACUGCUCUGCACAGCCUCUCCACCGUCGCGCCCAACCGCCCCAGGCUCGUCCGCGCAGGUGCCGUGCACAUGCUGCUUGACUGGGUUGUUGCUUGCAAGAAACCCCCCGUUGAUGCUGCUGCUGGUGCCGGUGCUCCCGGUGCUGGUGCCGGUGCCGGUGGUGGUGGUAUAGUAGGUGGGGGGAGUCUGGGCGACAGUCAGAGGGGCGGCAGUGAGGAGGACGAAGUGGUGUUGGUGGAACGCGCUUUGGCUGUGCUGGCGCAGGUGGCGGCGUGUGAGGAGGGGCGCGCCGAGAUGGCAGGGCGGGGGGGGAUCGAGACGCUGCUGGUGCUGGUGCAGGGCGGAGGGGGCCCGUCGGUGGCGUGUGCGGAGUAUGCAGUAGCGGCGCUGCUGGUGCUGGCCAAUAGCAGCUCUACUCUGCGCCGCAAACUGCAUAGCCUCAACCUGGGCCCUGCUCUCUCCCAGCUGGCUGUGAACUUCAGCCCCAAGGCCAAGGGAAAGGUCAAGAAGCUCCUUGACAUACUGCAUGUUCACUGA